GCGCGCUCCAGACGCCAACAAGCACGAGCCGAGGCUUCCUCCUCCACAUCCAGCGCCAGAGCAAGAACCAGGAAGUGAAAGUAUACACAUGGAGGGUGUGUCGUUCCCUGCUAGUGAAUGUUUUAUUUUUAAAAACACAGUCCUCCUGGGAUAAGUAAUGGGGGACUCGGCGAGGACCAAGCGGCGAGAGCAGCUGAAGCGCUGGGCCGGCUCAUGCACCGACAAAGCGCCGGCCGUGCCCAGGCGGAGGUGGCGGGGCGAUGCCGACAAUGGAGCAGGGGAGCCGGAGGCCGAGCUCAGCGACCCGUCGAGGGACCAGCCCGUGUGUGUAAGCAGAGAUGGAUCCAGCCCCUUCCUCAAACGACGGAAAAGGGUGAGGUUUGACAGGGCUGCAGAGUUCCUUGCUGCCUGUGCCAGCGGGGAUACGGACGAGGCCCAGGUGAUGCUGAACGAGGCCGAAGAGACCAGAAGGAGGGAUGGAGAAGAUGUGCCAGAAAUUAUCAACUGUUCCAAUGCAGAUGGAAUCACUGCUCUCCACCAGUCCUGCAUAGAUGGCAGCAUGGAAAUAGUGUCCUUCCUUUUAGAGCAUGGUGCCAGCGUGAACCAGGUUGACAGUGAGGGAUGGACACCACUGCACGUUGCCGCAUCCUGUGGCUACCCUGACAUUGCAGAUUUUCUUGUGCAGCGAGGCGCAUCUCUUACUGCCGUGAACUGUGACGGUGACGUUCCUCUGGACAUUGCUCUUGAUGAGGCCACUGAGUCCCUCCUUCAGAGUUACACUGUGAGACAGGGUGUGGACUUGGAGGCAGCUAAACGGCUGGAGGAAGAGCAGAUCUUGAACGAUGCCCGGACCUGGUUGGCUGAGGGCCCACCCUCUGAUUUACAACACCCCAGGACUGGGGCCACCCCACUCCAUGUGGCUGCUGCCAAAGGCUACCUAGAGGCCCUCAAGAUACUGUGUCAGUGUGGGCUGGAUGUGUCAGCUAUGGACUCUGAUGGUUGGACGCCUCUCCAUGCUGCAGCACACUGGGGUCAAGGGGAGGCCUGUCGCAUUCUGGCUGAGCACCUGUGCAACAUGGAGGCCCGCAGCAACGCGGGUCAGACACCAUUUGAUGUAGCUGAUGAAAGUGUUGAGGAGCUCCUGGAGGAGUUAUCACAGAAGCAAGCAAAUUCCAUAUUGGACCGGCAAAACCAACCAGGCUCCACUGCUGCAAACGCACAAAACAAACGGCGGAGGAGCUCAGUGUGCAGGAUGAGCAGUAAAGACAAGAUGAACGUGCAGGACCAGUCUAAAGAGAGAGGUGUUUCAGGAGGCCUGGAGCUGAGUGAGGAGAAAGAGAGCAGUCCCGAAAGCUCAACAGUGUCCAGUCCAGAAAGUGUGACCACAUCCACAGUCAGCUCUGUUGACAAGACACCGGAGGAGAAAGAUGAGGAGAAGGAGCAGGACAAGGCAAACCGCACUGCUAGAGUCCAACCCACUCCUCAGACAAGGGACCCUGCAGCUGAAAGCCCCAACACCCCCAACACUGACAGGCGCAAGUUCCAGGCUCCAGUCAGAGAUGAAGAGUCUGAGUCUCAAAGGAAAGCCCGCUCUCGACUGAUGCGGCAGUCUCGUCGCUCCACACAGGGUGUGACUCUGACGGACCUGAAAGAAGCAGAGAAGACUGUGGCUAGAGCUGCAGAUCCACCGCCUCGCAACAUCCAGCCUGUUAGCCCCAUUGUUACCGUCACGCCUGCUGAAAGGGAUACAGACCCAGUGAACCAGGGGGAGUCAGAGGGAGAGAAGCGUCUGGGAGUGAGGGACCGGAGGAAAGCGAGGAGGGAGAGACGCUCCACGGGCAUUGUUCAGCCAGGUGGAGAGAACGAAGAUGAUGUUGCUGAUUUGGAUGAUACAAACAGUAACAGUACCUCCAAUGAGACUGAACUGCGAGACUUAUCAGCUGACUACAGAACGCUGUACUUUAAAGAACUACAGGAGAACCUGGCUCUGAAGGACAAGCUGCAAGAGAUGGAGCUGCUGCUCAGCCAAAACAAAGUGGAGCUGGAGAGACUCCGACAGGUUCGGCAGACUGCAGCAGUUGUGUCGUCCCACACUCACCUGUAUGAACACUGUUUGUCUCUGUGGCAGAACCAAGAGAGCAGCACAGACAGGCCGGCCCUUCUGGAGCUGGAGAGAUUUGAGAAGUUGGCCCUCCAGAGGAAAGCAGUGGAACUGGAGGAUGAGCUGAAAGUUCUGGGGGACCUCAGAGCAGACAACCAGAGGCUCAAGGAUGAGAACGCCGCCCUCAUUCGAGUCAUCAGCAAACUCUCAAGAUGAAUCUCCAAAAAAAAAAAAAAACCUACGAGGAGAUGAAUAGUAUUACAGAAUUCUUCUUUUCCCAGCUCAGAAGACACAACAGGAAGGGAGACGGCAGCAUCCAACACCUGCACGGCACAUUCAACAGUAACUGGAACACCGUUUAGAUUUCAGGGUUAUUAGUCUGUGUUUCAGCCUUUAUGUUUUGGCAGAUCUACUGUAUAACAAGCUGAACUGCACCUCCUGUGGACUGACAGGAUGUUCCUGCUCACAGCCACUUUUAUAUUAAGUCUUUAUUGUAUUUUUUUAACUGGAAUAUUUUAAUGUGCUUUGCCUCUCUGAUACUUUGUAUAAAUUCUGUAUUAAGAGACUUAAAGCCAUGCACAGUGCGAGCUCGCAGUAAUGUUUUAGAUAGCCUUCUUGACCUCUGAAGAGGUAGAGAAAAAAAUGCCAGUCGGGUGUUGGGGGUGGUUACUAGAAAAAGAAAAAAAAAAGACUUACCAUAAAUGUGCCAAAAACCAGCCCCUGUUUUGCAUGUCCUUUGGGGAAAACUCCAAGUGGUCAGUGUUGUUUCUCAGGGUGAGUCUUGGGUCGAUGCUUUCGGUUUUGGCUGACUGCUGUAAAGGUGGACCAAAUUUGCAUGCUCAUUUCUCCCUGCUCCUCUGAAUGUAUAUUUAAUAUGUAUAUUUAUGUACAGGGGCCAUCUGUCCUGAAAGUGAUGGAAGGGUGUAGUCAUGGUCUCUGUUUACAAAGGAUGGAGAGUGUGGGGUGCUAACUAUGGAGGUCAGGCGCAGCUCUUGUAUAGAGGGAUUUUUUUUUUUUUUUUUUUGUCAAAGUGUGUCUUACAAACGUCAGAUCUUUCAAGAGCUUUAGGAGAAUGCAUGCUCUAUCCUUAGUACUGUAAGUCAUUAGUUAUUUUUGCUUUACCAUUUUGACUGGACGCUUCUGAAAGCAACGACCCCUAAGCUAAGUAUUCACCCUGUGAUGGACGGCUGUCAGUGUUGAACAGACAGGCCAGAUGGGUCAACGUUUGAAUGUUUACUCCACUUUUAAAGAAAAAAACUUGCAUGUCAAAUUGUAUUUUGAUGCUGUGCCUUUCGAUAUACAUUUCUAAGUAAUAUUUCUAUUUUGCUUUGGCAAGCGUACACUGUAAAGUAUGAAAUACAGUAUGGGCAUAAAUUACCAAGGCUCUGAUGUUUCUGUUUGUGACCUUUUACACAUCACUGUAUGUUGUCUUUGACUUUUCUCCCAGAGACAAUAUGGUCUUGUAAAAAUUGGUACAGCAAUAGAGCUCUGAAAAGGUCUGGGCUAAGCCUCAGAUCUCAAAUCCUACACACACCCCGGUGCACACCUGACCUGUGCGGCACUGCUCAUCUGGAUUUGCUGUUUGGCAAAGAUGAGAAAGGACAGCAAAUGAUGAAAAGCUGAAAACAGGCAAUUUACUAAAAAACUAGGUUAAUUCACAUUUAUUUUUGCUGUUUAUUCAUUGUAUCUGAUAAUUAUUAUUAAUGUUUGUUUAGUGGCCGCUGGCCCUGUGUUACUUAGCAAAAGUAACCCCUGGGCGAAGCAAGUUGAGUAUCCCUGGUCUGGUGUGUAGGGUUUAGUGGCAUCUAGUGGUGAGGUUGCAGAUUACAACUAACUAAAACUCCUGUGUGCCAAGUGUGUAGGAAGACUACAGUGGCCGAUGUGAAAACCCAAGUGGCCUUAUCUAAAGCCAGUGUUGGGUUUGUCUGUUAUGGGCUGCUGUAGAGAAACAUGAUGGACUGCGUGGAAGAGCUCAUGCUAAGGUAACAGAAACACUGCAAUUCUUAGUUUCAGGUGAUUAUAAACUAAUGACAACAUAGCUAUGAUUAGUAGUGAUGGCAGAAUGAAGCCUCAUGAAUCAUUUUCUUUAUUUUCUGAGCCCACUAGAUGGCACUUUUUGUUCAACAAAAGGUUUAAAACACCAGAUUUCGAUUCUUUUAGCCUCUCUCUUUAAACCAAGAGCACCAUCUAGUGGGCUUGGAAAAUAAAGAAAAUGCUUCAUGAGGCUUCAUUCUGCCAUCACUAAUGAUUAGUGUAUCCCAUUUCUGCCAAUAUAGCCCUCCUAAAUCCUACACACUGGAUCUUAAGCACAACGUUGGAGUGAAUCGCCAUGAUCCAGAUACAGACUUUUCAAGAUUAACAAAUCUGGAUGAUAACUUUAAAUAAUUUUUGUUUGAUAUUGACAGCUAUUGAGGGGAUUUAGGGGUGCUGACAUGAAAGACUACAGAUGAAAACUAGCCUCCUGGUUUAUUCUGGCAUAUUUACAGUAAUGUUCAUUAAUAUGCACUGACCCUGAGAAAUAAACACAGUAAAAUAAA